AUGCCAGACGGCAGCGACCCGCUCGACGCGAUCGACCUCGACGGCCCCGCCGGGUCCCUCAUCGUGCUCUUCAUCCUGUCCGCGAGGCUCACACACGGCGGACCUGCCGCGUCCGAUGCGCCCCCCGCCGCGCCGCUCUUCCCCACGUCGCACAUCGGCGAGUUCUGCGCGCGCUUCGACCCCGCGCAGGCGCGCCUAGCCCCCGAGCGCGUAUCGCUGCUCGCCAAGGGGAUCUACCAGCGCGCCGACGCGCGCGGCAGCCUCCAGACCGCCAUCGCGCCCCUCCGCGACCUCGUCAUGCGCUACCCGCCCUCGCCCGCCCACCUAACCACCGUCCACCCGCUCUUCCUCUCCGCCUGCCUCUCCACAACCCACCCCGCCCCCGCCCUCCCCCUCCUAACCAACCACCCCAUCACCCACGCCCCGCGCGCCCUCGCCCCCGACCUCGCCCACGCAGACGUGACCUCCUACCACCUCCUCGCCGGCGCCGCGCUCGCCGCGCUCAAGCGCUUCGCCGAGGCCGCGGAGUACCUCGAGAUGUGCGCGGCGGCGCCGGUCGCUGGCGCUGAGCCGAGCGUGGUGCAGGUGGACGCUAUGAAGAAGCUCGUGCUCGUGCAGCUCAUCCUACACGGCAAGACGACCCCGCCGCCAAAGUACACGCACCCGGCGAUCGCCAACGUCCGCGGGACGCCGUACGGCGCCCUCGCGCGCGCGUACCCCGACGCGGGCGCGCUGCGCGACGUCGUGCGCCGGGAGCGCGCGCUGUUCGAUGCCGACGGCAACGCGGGGCUCGUGGCGCAGGCGCUUGGGCGCGCGCCGCGGUGGGCGAUUCGGAGGUUGACGGAGACGUAUAUGACGCUUGGGCUCGCGGAGAUCGCGCGCGCGGCGCAGCUCGGCGACGCGGACGCGGCGCGGCGCGUCGUGCUAGGCAUGAUCGAGAGCGGCGAGAUCGACGCGCGCAUAGCGGCGGACGGGACCGUGCGCUUCGAGGACCCGACGGCGGCGACGCACGCGGCGGCGGUGGACCGCGCGGCGCUCGAGGGCGUGUUGCGCGCCGCGCAGGCGCAGGAGCGCGUGCUGCGUGCGCUGGAGAGGGAGACGGCGCGCGGGCGGGAGUAUCUUGGGAAGGCGACGAAGGGGAGGGAGCAUGCGGUGGGGGAGUAUGUGAUUGAGGAGGAGCUCGUGGGCGGUGCUGGUGGUGGAGGCGGUGGUGCUGGUGGUGCUGGUGCUGGUGCUGGUGCUGGUGCUGGUGCUGGUGUCGCGCAGUGGGUGGACGAGUCGGUGUUCUGAGCGCCGGUGACCGCGGCCUCCUUCCCGAGGAAAACAGGAUCGCCGUCGCGAUAUCGUACGUAUCCCACUCGCGCGCGCGGCGAUUGUGCGCUUUGUGCGCUUUGUCUGCUUUGCUUUGCUUCGCUUCGUUCGUUCGUGCUCACGCGCGCUGAUUUUGCGCUUGGUCGUGUUCGUGUUCGUGUUCGUGUUUCGGUGCCCGUUUUGUUUCCCGUUUUGUUUCGUCAUGAUGUCGAUGCCGAAAAUAAUUCAUCUCGUGGCCCCUCACACUGGACUCUGCUCCGGUCGUUCCGCGAUACAGCGAAUGCGCAAAAAAAAAUUGGUAGCAC